UUCCCGCGAUUAUCAUGGUAUAAAAGAAAAUUGGAUAUGUUCUGGGGAGCACAAACAAUUCGCGACUCUUGCAAGAUUCACCUUCACUUCCGGUGGUUUCUUUUUUUUAAUACAUUGAGAGAUUGGAUGCGGGUAUUUUUUUCAAGGUGAUUUUUCACAUCAACUACUAAAAUCUCAACUUGACCUAGGACAAGUGGAUGACCUUGACAUUUGUCGUGGAAGGAUAAUUAGUUUCCGAGUUAUUGCUCGCUAUUCGAAUACAUAUACAGAGAAGUUUGGCUUAACAGAAAACAUUUACAACUCGACCACCAAAACAUAAACAACCAUUUUAAGAUAAAAUUUGUUUUAGAAUGCUGAUAAGGAAAUUGACGUUUCUCGCUUUAUUAUUAGUCAACAAUGAAAUAAAAUGUGAAAUUGAUUAUGAUUUUGCGGAAACAACUGCAAUGAAUUAUAGAAAUGCUGAUGAAAAUACUGAACUGUAUAUAGAUAAUAGAAUUGAUGAAGUUCCUACAUAUGUUCCACCAGCGGAAAAAUUAAUAAAACAUCUUAUGACGGGAUUAGGAAUUAUAACAGGAAGAAGUAGUGAUACAAUCAGAAGAAGUGGAAUGGAUAAAAUUUUAAGUGAAAUAACGAGACCGAUUACAAGUAUUUUUAAUCGUAAUACAAAAUCAGGAGAAAGAUCAAUGAGAAGUACAGGAUUUGGAGAUAUACUUAAUUUAAUAACAGAUCAUUUUCAAGCUAUUUAUCCAGGUACUUUAUGGUGUGGUGCAGGUCACUUAGCAACGAAUUCUGAAGAAGUUGGUUUUUUUAAAGUCACAGACGCUUGUUGCAGGAGUCAUGACAAUUGUAGUUAUUCCCUUCAAGCGGGUAGAUCCAAUAAAGGUCUUCGUAACGAUGGUGUGUUCACUAGGUCCCAUUGCACUUGUGACGAAGAAUUUCAUGAAUGUUUAAAAAAUGCUCAUUCUGUGAUAGCUACAAAAAUUGGAAUAACUUAUUUCAAUAUUUUGAGACCUCAGUGUUUUAAGAUGGAAUAUCCUGCCACUUGUCGCAAAUAUGGACAUUUACGUCUUGCAAGAAGCAAAUGUAAAGAAUAUGAAAUAGACACUACGAAAAAUAUCGCCAUGCAAUGGUUUGACAAUCCAGAUUUUUAAUAAAUUCAAAAAAAAAAAAAAUAGAAAAGAAAAAAAAAUCAGAACAAUUUAAUUCGGUCGAAAAGAUGUGCCAAAUUGAAUUUUUAUUUAAUAAUAAAUAAUAAUUAUUGUUAUUAUUAUAAAAUUUUAAAUAAGAAUAUAUAAAUAAAUUAUAGAAUAUAAAUUAUUUUUUAAAAAA